AUGACAUCUAUCUCUCCGGCCGAACCGCGGCCUCCUCUGUUGCGACGCCCAACUGAUUCGAAGCGACCCCCGGUUGGGAGAGCAUCCAGUCAUGUCUUUUCACCCAUUGACAGAAAGGUGCCGGCAUUGCAAAGAGAGACUGUAGAGGCUGGGGGUGACAGGCCAACGAAAAGGCGGAAGAUCGAAGCCAACCCUAACUCGAAUCGAAUUGUCAACAACCGCAAUCCCUCGCUCCCUGCGAAAGUUUCCGAUUCCAAUGUCGAUGCCAAGGUCGUUCACUGGCGCUGGGUCAAUCCUUCGGCGAUUCGGGCAGCAGCCGCUAAUUCACAGAGCGAGGAGGAGGAGGAAAAUUCGAGUGAAGACGAUGUACCUGAACUUCCACCUCGGCCCUGGAGGACCACUCGAGCCGCAAAAGUUACAGACAAACCCACCCCGACGCAUCGAUCACGAGUGGAUAUCCCUGUCCCGAAUGCUCCUGACUCGAUCCAAAUUCCAUCCUCAGCGCCUCAAUUUGUUCCCAAGAAACCGGUCGGAUUCUUUCCCUGGACUGGAAAGCAUCCCGAGGACGUCUUGAAUGACAACAACGUAAAGAACGGCUAUUUUGACAAACCUCCAAACCCUACUGAAAAGGAACUCAACACCGCGCGGUUCUCGCUCUACAAUGUCUUCAAACACAAAUCGGGGGUGGACAGUUUGUCUACUCUCUUUUCUCUUGUCCUAAACCAGAAGAGCCAGCAUGGCUUGAUCAGUUCUGCCUCCACAUUCAAACCACCUCCUCGUGUUACCCUGACCGAAGCGAAACGGAAGUCGUGGAUAGCAGAUCUGGCCAACGCAGAUGUGCCCUUGAGGCGGCUGAGCAGGACCAUCCCCCAGGGCAUCAAGGGCCAGACUCUCUUAGAUCAAUGCUUGCAAAGCUCGGUCCCGUUGAGUCGUGCGAUUUGGUUCGCCAAGUGUGUGUGUGCUAAUGAGAUCCGCACAUUGAAAAGGAAAGGGACCGCCCCUGCGGUGGCAGUUGGCGCCGAAAAUAAAUGGCUUCGCGAAUGGACGGUCAAUGUCGAACAAUUUUUGGAAACAUAUCUGGGCCAAGCCAACUCACCUGAUUGGAAGUCAAACAUUCAAUAUGCAUUGCGGCUCAUCACCCGUCUCUACUUGGAGAACCUACUGGAUCGGGGACACUACUUGGAGUGGAUUUUGCGCUCCUUCACUGCGGCGGAUGUCGGCCACGCUCCUUUCUGGCUGAUGGUAAUCCACAUAUACAAGCAAGAUUUGAGUCACUACCGCAGGCGAGGCGCGAGACUUGCCAGAGCAUUGAUUGACAAGUACCGCUCUAUAGACAAGCUCCCGGGCCAAACGAUUACUCCCUUGCGACAGAAGCUGCGUGCUGCAAUCCGGGAACUAUUGUUUGCAUGUCCGGCUAUUUUCUUGAUGCCAGACCGGUGGCCAGAGAGUGUGCCCGUUGUUCGAUCCUGCCUUGACACGACCAUUGGACUUGAAGGCCAGAUUUUCGAGGAACUCAACCGUAUCAACGAGAGAGUUAUGGGAUUCAACAAGGCUGAAUUCUUGUCUGUACGCGCACCUGACGAGGCUAUUGUUGAAACUCUCGAUGCGGCCAGGGUCCCAUACAAUUUCGCUCUGCUGGAACAAGAACUCGCCGGAACCUGUUCAGACUUCGAUCUCCUCCUACGAUCAUGUCUUGAAUGGUCAUGUACGCGAUUUCGACAAUCCAAAACUCGAGUGUAUCUGGUCACUCGCUUAGUCAAGCGCUGGCAACGAGGUGGCCGUGAUAUAGACACACCUAUCCUCAACUUUCUUUCUGCUUUCCGGGAAGGGAAGACCACUGCUGACACCCAGCGCUUAAGGCAUCUAAUCGCACAGUUCUCCAGAUCUAAUUGCUUCCCACUAAGCAAAUACAUCCAAUGGCUCAUGGUGAGGGGCCUUCCACAAAAAGGAACAGUCCGCAUCGACACAGAUUCUAUCUUCGGGCGAACAGCAGGAGUUGCACUGCCGAAGGAGCCUGGGUCGAUUCAGUUUCUGCUCGAUCUGUCGUUGCACCGAACAGAAGAUCACGUCGUCAACUUACGGAAUUCGGUUCUCGAACGUGCAGGUUUCGAUCACAAUUCAGAGGAGGCCAUUUUCGGACAAUGUGUACGUUUUCUUGAGCAAAAAUUGGCAAACUCAAGCUUCAUCACCAAGUCCGAGCCAUCAACCUUGCUUGAGCCUUCUUUCGCGUCACUGCCAUGGACACUUCGAACUAGAAUAGCUAUGUGGCUACGAACUAGAGCUCUCGAAGCCGCUCAAUCGGCACAAAGCACCCCUAUACUGCCUGGGUCCAAGGUUUUAAAUGAGGAACAAUUCUUCGUCAUCCGCCACGUUCUUGAGUGCAUGGAAGAUGAGGCAGUUCUUGCCGAUGUGGUUGGCAUUCUUUCAGGAUCACAACGAGACGAUCUUGUGGCAUCUCUCGUCGCCACUGUUCAUUUCCACGCUAGUGCCUUUUCCGCGAUUGGAGCUCUUGAAGUCCUGCAGAAAAGGAUGUGUCAACUUUACAUGAAUUGGCGAGCUACGAAACCGACGAUGCCGCUACUCACUUCGACUCUGCUUGACCUGUGUACUGCUUUUCCCGUCAAAGCACCGGCAGUCAGGUUGCUGCAACAGGACCUGGUUCGAGGAGAUCGCGGGCGUGCGGUCGCAGCUUGCUCGCCGUAUAGUGACGGUAUUGCCGAAUCGUUACAGCAGGCGGGUGCUACAUUUGUGGAAGAUUUUGAAGCCAUCCUGCAGUCGGAAACCAACAUGAAUGAGCAAACCAUGAACGGCCUCUUCUCGGUUUUGGUGGAUCGCAUUGAAAAACAACAGAAGUUUGAAGACGAUGCGCACACAGUACAAUCAUUCUGCCAACUUCUCAGUCGGCUACGAUUGUGCCGUAAGGCCCAAGGAGAUCUCCUCAUUCAGAAAUGGAUAUCGCGACUGGCCCCCCGCCUCGACUUGAAAUCUGGGCCUUUGCUUCUUCGAAUCCUCAUUGCGACGGGAUGCAUAACCUUUGCUACCCUUUUCGAAGCCACCGCUAGCUCUAAGUCAGGACCGCGGAAGAAUUUAGCAGUCGCUUCAUUGUUGUAUCAAGUUCUCGCCCCUGCCAAUUCCACGUCUCUUGACUGGGCUACCUAUCAGACUCGUAUUAGGUGGUACGAAUACUCGCAGAGGUACCCGUCGACAGCCUUGGAAAUUCUAUGCGAAGCCGGAUUGCAAGGUGUUUCGCCAUCUUUCGACUCGCUCCUUCUGGCAGUGCUCGUCAACGGUUGGACGUCAGACUCCUCCUUGCCCGAUUUCGCCCGAAAAUGGUUCAUUAAGUCACUCAGUUGGACAUUGAAAUGUUCUGAUGGUGAUCUGAACGUGGCUGAUCUCCAAGCUUUACUUGAAUCCAUCAACGUCUUUUCGCACCGGUUUGUCCAACUACGAUUCCGACUCACGUCACCGGCCGCUGUCGAAAAAGUAUCAGCGCCAGAUCAACCUGACUUGGUCGAGGUCCUCUCUCAAUCAUUGAAACAGUCGCUACAAAAUCAGCCUCAUACACACGGGCAGGAGCAGCGGUUCUCACAGCUGUAUCAGAUCGUUGGCUCUGACGUGGCCAGCCAGGUCCGCCACAAUAUCGAGAACGAGUUCUUGGAUGCACUUCCAAAACUACCAAUUGGCAAAGCGACCAGCCCACUCUCGGCAGUGUUCCCCAGUGAUGUUCAGCAGCUGUCUUCAAUUGUCGAGCAGGCGUUCCAGGUGUGCCGGAAAGACACCGGCCCUAGCCCCGGUUUCAUGUCGCACCUGAUUGACAGACUGUCACAGCAUCUUAAGUACUUGAGCAACAUUCAGAUCACUCCGGGUACUCCUGCCGCUUCCGGCACGUCAGCCCCUUCAGGCAUGUCUGGACCUAGCGCGUCUUCUACCAGCAUAAACCAUUCUCAGAUGGUGUCCAUGACAUCCAGCCCGAUUGCCAGCACAUCAGAUGUGGGCGGAGGCUGUGUUCCAGCAGUAGGCUUGAGCUACUUGAGAUACAUGCUGCAAAUGGUGUGUUUGCAACGCCCAACCCUGAUUUUGUCAAGCUCCAAUGCGCCCAAUGCCAAGCAGGUCCAGAAUGAACAACUGCAACUGCUUGUACGGCUGGCGUCCAUCGCAACGCACCCAGCAAUGACUCUGGCAUCAGGGCAUCCAGGAAAUCAAGAAGAGCAGACCAAGGCCAAAGAGGUGGUCGAUUUCGCGUUCGACGUGAUGGCAACCAUUAUCGACGGUGUCAGCGACGAAGUCAAAAUGAUGUGUGCAAAGGUAUUGAAAGACAAGUUGCAGGAUGCACGGCUCAGCUACCUGUUUGGGAGCAUCAACAUGAUGGGAUCAGUGCAGGUGCAAGACAUGGGCCGAGGAUUGCAGAUGGCCAAGGAAGGCAAGGGAAUCAUCGGAGAGUGGAAGCCGCGGAUGUGGGAAGUCUUGGAUAAUGGCAGCGGUAAAGAGAGCGAAACGUCUCUCGGACUGGGUCUCUUUCGAGCCAGAUAUGUCUAG